CUUAAAUGAUGGUGUUGAUGCUUCACCUAAAAUUACCAUUACCUCCAAUGUCCAGCAGCCUAAACCCUCAGUUGAACAUUCUACACUUAAACAAGAUGUCACUGAAGACAUUUUAGGAAAACUAGGCACACACGAUAACCAAAAUGCUGAUAAAACAAAGGAGCAUAAAAGGGCGAACUUGACCUCUGGACUUACGAACUGUGAGAAAACUGAAACUCAAAACAAGUUUGCCAUGAAACCAGGUAAAUUAGUCAUCUCUUUAUGAAAGCAAUUGAUAACUACUGUCUGUCUGUCCAAUGGUCUUCUUCUUUGACUUUUACUCAGAUGACUCUAAGAGAAUGUUUUAUUUUGCAUUUCACAAUCUUCAGCCUCAGAUCCUCUAUUUUCUUUUUUAAUAAACGAUUCUAUUUUCUCUUUGCUUGGGGAAAACGGAAAAUUAAUUAUUUGUCUUAAAACUUUCAAGUUGUGAUAUUGGAGAAUGAGAAUAUUAUAAAGAAUUUUUAAUUACUUAAUGCACCAUUAUAGCUUUGUUAAUUUCCUCAAUUUUAAUACUGAAAUGAUUUUUUUCUUAAACGAAAUGUCAAAUGUCUAUAAACUAAUUUUCGAAUUCUAAUAUUAAUUAAUUUAACGAAAACCCUUUCAGGACCAUCAUGGAAAGCUGAUGAAGAAGAAGGGGCAUCUGCUGAUGAGUUCCAGGAAAGUAAACAGGACGAGAAGUUGAAAGCCAAACCCAAUAGGAG